AUGUUUGCUUACUCCGAAAUCUUGGUUACAGGCAAGUUGGAAAAUGAUAUGGAAAACUAUAUUAAAUUCAAACUUAUGGGUGGCCAAAAGAAGAUGAAAUUAAAUGUUGUCCCUCACAUAUUUAAUUGUCAACCAGAUAGGAAAAGGGCACAUUCUCAUUAUCCUAGAAUAACAGCACUUAAGAGGGUUAAACAUCAUUUAAUUGAGGAUGCAGUUGCUUCAACUUCUUCACAGCCUUCAGAAUGUUUUGGGAGUAUUCUGCAAAAUGAUAUAGACACUCUAAAAAUUGAUAGUGUCAUUAAAACCAAUCAAAAAAGUGAUAUUUCAACUCAGACUCACAUAAAAUUCAGAAGUAAAAGUGUACAAUGCAAGUUAGAUUGUAGUGAUUCUAUCAAAGGCAGAAAGUUGGAUCGCUUCUCCCGUUCCAUGAAACUAUCAAAGCUUUUCCCCGACACCAAGUAUCUCAUCUGUGUUUUAGCCUUAGGAAAUUGGGCUUUUAACUUUAAAGAAGCUCCCCAAUAUCUAAGACGUCCAGAAAAUGACACAAACGAUAUGGAACUAUUUUCUGAUAUUAUACGUCCAUUACUAGUUGACUCUCCCACCAGUCGCUGUGCAGAAGUAAACACUUUGGGAGCACCCGACAGCAUGCACGUAGGUAUGGGUAUGUUACCAGACCAUUCUAUGGGUGCCCAAUCUAUCUUAACUCGCCGACUAGGACUUAUUAUUGGCUGUUGUAUGGGCUUUGUUGUGUUUGUUGGACUUGUUUCUAUCCUCGGGUACCUCAAAAUUAAGAAACAAAGAAGAGCAGUCAAGAGGGACCAACCUUUACCGCCCGAAUAUCUUUCUUACAGACACUUUUCUAUACAAAGCGGUGAAGCCGGAGGUCAUCCGCAUUUUAUAACCAAUAUGAACACAACUGUUUUGAACUAG